UCAAGGGUCACUAGGGCGGGCCAGGUCCCGGAAGCGGAAGCGCGGCGCGCUUCCGGUGCGCAGCGGGCGGCCAUGUUGGAGCAGCGGAGGCGGCGCAGAGGCGCGUCCUGGGUCCCCGCGGCGGCGCCGGUGCCAAGCGCUGAUUUGCGGAUACCCAGGCAGAUCUGCAGUGCCUAAUGCCAUGAGCGUGGUGGUGCAGCAUGUGGAGGAGAAAGCUGUGCACUCCUGGUCGCGGAUCUCCACGGCAGGGAAGAAGGCCCUGGAGGAGGCGCUGCUUGUCUUUAACCCCAUGAGUCAGGAUCUCAGUGCCACAGAGGCCCAGCUUGUAGCCUUCCUGCAGGGCCUGCGGGAUGAUGGCUUCCAACCUACCAUCCUGCGCAGCGGUGAUGUCUAUGGCUAUAGUUCAUGCACAGCUAACCCCCCAAGCCAGACGAAGCUGCAAGCUCGUGCCCCCACCCCAGCUGCCACAUCACCUCCAGCCAGUGCUCCCCGAACUGCCAUGCGACUGCCUGCAGGCCGGGCCACGCUGCUCCCUAUGCCACUAUCUGGAAGGCUGGCCAAAGCAUCCACACCAGCCCUUGCCAAGCACGCUACCACCAACCUGCUGCUGAGCUCCCUGAAGCAGUCAAGUGCCAGCCGUGCCCGGGGUGCAGCAGUGGGCUUCCCUGCCCACCUCUAUCCAGGUGUCUACCCUGCCAUGCGGCUCUCUGUUGUCCUUGAGGCCCUGGUUCCACUAAAGACUCCCAUGCCCUGCUUGGGUGCCAAGCACAAGGCACAGUCACUGCAGCUCUCACUUGCAGACUCUCCCCUGAAGCUGCGCAAAGGUCCAGGGAAGAGACCAGGGAACUCUCGGCCCAAAGCUCCCAAAAGCACAAGCAAGGGCCCCAAAUGUCUGACUCAUAGAGGCCCCAGGGCCAGACCCCAACAAGGCACUAUGCCCCGGAAAAAGACCUGCAAAGCUACUGGGUCCCUCAGUGGCCUACAAAUGAAAAGUGGCUCUGCCCUGGGCACUAAAACAUCCCAGGCCAAGGCAGCUCGAACACUGGCCAAAGCUGCCCAGGCCAAGGUGGCUCGAACACAGGCCAGAGCUGCCAAGGCCCGGGCGAAAGCCAAGGCAGCACAGAUGAGGGCCAAGGCCAAGGCAGCACGGAUCAGGGCCAAGGCCAAAGCAGCACGAAUCAAGGCCAAAGCCAAGGCUAUGCGGGCCAAGGCCAAGGCAGUGCGGGCUAAGGCCAAGGCAGUGGGAUCUAAGGCCAAGGUAACUAAGACUCAGUCCAGGAGCAGAGGCAGGCCAAAAGGGUCUGUUCAGACCAGGACUGCAAGAAGGGGCCAGAAAAGCCACCCUGAGACUGUGGGGCAGAAGAGGAAAAGGGCUGAGGAGGCAAAGGAUCUUCCUCCCCGGAAAAGAACACGACUUGGGUCCCGAUCCCCUAAGGCAUGGCUAGGGCCUGGAACAGCAAAGCUGCUGAAAUUCCGGGCCAUCAAGGUGGACAGGCGGUCCUCAGACGAUGAGGUUCGGCAGCGGGCUCAGCGGAUCCUCCGUGUGAACCUGUCCCCUGUAAUACAGCUCCAGCCAUUGCUGCCAUACUCAGCACUCUGAUUCCUUCAUGUAGCAAUGUUUGGGGAAACUGAGCCCAGUUGUCUGUGUGACCAGUGGCACAGUGUGCAAUGCCCAUGGAUUCUACAACCCCAAGGACUCCGGGUGCCUCUCCAGGGCCCUGAGAGCCACCAUUCUCCUUUCAGAGACUGGAGGAUAUGGGGUGGUAUGGGCGGGUGGGAGGGGUGUUCUCAUGGCGCGAUGCACUGUGAUUUGUUACUCUUCAAGUUGUACCUCCACUGUUCCAUCUAUCACGUUUUAUACCUUUCCACCUUCCAGUC